UCCACUUGGCAAUUAAGGGGACGCUUCGUCCUGUGCUUUUAGGGACCUGUAACUUCAAAUCGUACUGAAUCUCAUUAAAACCAUUAGGGUUCUAUAAGGAUGGAAUAUUUACAGAACUUUGGGGAAUAUUUGUGUCGAUUUAUGUUGAUUUUAUGGAGUUAGUGAACCGAAUUAGUCGUUGGGCUAAACUGCCAUAAUGGAAUGCUGCUUAUACCAGUGUAGUGUACUAAGUAGUGCAGUGGUAAACCACCAAAAGGAUUAGACCAAUUUUUGAGGGUCAUAUUGAGGAAUGUUUUGCCCCUAUUCUGAAGACUAGGCUAUAUAUAUUUAUACCCUAACUAUAUAUAUAGUGGAACCUAUUGUCUCUGGGGCAUGCUCACUGUAUUCCAUGUCAUCGUCAUCAUGGGUAAGCUUUGCAAGUUCGCAUUCUGACUAAAGAGACAAAAAAGUGACCCACAGUGGAUUAGACUUCAGAAGGUAGGCCUCAGCUGAGCCCUCAGUUAUGAGUGUAGUAAGUAGCAUUGGGGAUUUGAAGGAUACAAGUUUGCCAGCAAUGCAAAGGAAAUGUUUCAUCGAGUAAAGUGAACUGGGGUGAAAAAUGGAGUAUUUUAGUUUGAGACGUUUUUGGGAGAUAAAGCGAACAUUCAAUAUGAAGCUGACCAAGCAGUGCUCCAUCUAUUGGACAUUAUGGACGUUGUUGUUAUUAGUGAAGCAUGGUACAUGCGAGACAGUUUACGAGACGUUACAUGUUAAAGAAAAUGAGCCGACAGGUACGGUUGUCGGGAACAUCACAGGGAGGGGACCAAUCGAAGUUUUCCUUGGCGAGUCGGCUGCUGUUUUUGAUAUUAAUAGAGCUACGGGUGUAAUCAAAACACGGAUACGAUUAGAUCGUGAAACGAAAGAUGAGUAUACUUUUGGUGCUAUGACGAUGGGCGAUUCGACCUAUCACAGUAUAAAGGUCAAGGUUACCGACACAAAUGACAAUUCACCGACAUUCCCGCAGAAAGAGAUCACCAUCCGAAUCGGCGAACUGGACCCAAAUGAUAACAAACAUAGCAUCGGGAGCGCGGUGGAUCCAGACUUGGGAUUAUUCACAACCCAGAAAUACCAAAUCAUGGCAGGGAAUAAACAAGGUCUGUUUCGGUUGUCGACACGCAGAGUCGGAACAGUUUUAUAUGUUGAUUUAGUCGUCCAGGGUACUUUAGACUAUGAGACAGAGAAUCGGUAUGAUUUGACUGUGACUGCGUUUGACGGUGGAUCGCCGCCAAGAAAUGGUUCCAUGCAUGUGAUUGUUGAAAUCCAGGACGCAAAUGACAAUCAGCCUCUAUUUAAUACGAGUCGGUACUCGGCAAGGGUUAUGGAAAAUGCCACCGUUGGGACGAGUGUGGUACAAGUGUUCGCGACGGAUAUCGAUUCCGGGGAGAACGGACACAUCCAGUACCACAUUGACCGAACCCGCAGUGAUCCAGGGGAAACCUUCACAAUAAACGCAGACUCAGGCGAAGUCCAUUUGAAUAAGAAACUCGAUUACGAGAAGAAGUCGUCCUAUGAACUGAUCGUUGUUGCGAAGGAUCGACCCAACGGUCCCGACCAGUUCCAGACAACGGCGGUUGUGACAAUCAAAGUUGAAAACAUAAACGACAACCCUCCUGUGAUAGACAUGGUCUUUCUCUCAAAAGACGGCACGCCAAAAUUAUCCGAGAAUGCAGGCGCGGAAGAUUUAGUUGCAAGAAUAUCAGUUAGUGAUCCGGACGUACCAGGGUAUUUUUCGAACGUCAAUGUGACUUUGAGUGGUGGUGAUGGACAUUUUGGUCUAACGACAAAGGACAAUGUCGUUUAUCUCAUGAUUGUGUCCAAUCCAUUAGAUCGUGAAAUGUCCCCUCAGUAUCCAUUAACUAUCAUCGCCACUGAUUCAGGAAUCCCUCCGUUGCAAACAACCAAAUCUUUCGUCCUUAAAGUGAUCGACACCAAUGAUAAUGCACCAAUUUUUACCGAGUUAGUCUACUACGCCACUAUCAAAGAGGUGGCGCUACCGGGCUCUUCUGUGAUUCAAGUUACUGCACGAGAUCUUGACAUUGGAAAUAAUUCUUUGAUAUCGUAUUCGAUCGUCCCAAAUCCAAACAGGCAUUCUGAUUGGUUUAAAAUAGACGAACAAAGCGGGCUCAUCACAACGAAACAAAAGGUGGAUUGCGAGACGCUGUCGCAACCAACAAUUACGGUCGUAGCGACAGAUCACGGGGAGGUACCUCUUUCAGCAAAUGCAACAGUUAUCGUCACUAUUUUGGAUGUAAACGACAACCAGCCCGUCUUCGAUCAGAGUUACUAUAACGUGUCGGUUGUGGAGAAUAAACCAGUCGGUGGAUGUAUCCUGAAGGUGACGGCCACUGACCCCGACUGCGGUGUAAAUGCUCAAGUCACAUACGCAAUCGACACAAACCUUGGCUUCCAGUAUCCUGCUGAAUUUUCAAUCAACAACAAAACAGGGGAUAUUUGUGUUGUGAAACCUCUGGAUUAUGAGAAGAGGCAGAUGUACGAAUUCCGUGUGAUAGCAAAAGAUGCUGAUGGUCUUGAUACGACGUCCAUGGUCAAGAUAUCAGUGGAGGAUGUCAACGAUAAUCGGCCAGUCUUCUAUCCGAGUCAAUACAGCGUUAAUCUUGGGACCAACAGCCAAUCAGGGAAGGAGGUGGUCGCCGUACGCGCUACUGAUCCCGACUCGAAACAAUAUGGCGUCAUUACGUAUAGGAUUGUCUCAGGGAACACGAAUAUUUUCACCAUUGAUCCAGGCACUGGUGUGAUCAAACUCCUGGCCUCGCCCGGCAACCAAGCUCGAGUCUACCAGCUACGCAUCUCGGCUACAGAUGGUGGCGCCCUCACAUCCAUCGUGAAUGCCAUCGUCGAUAUCAGCGUGAUUGAUCCGUCCCAACAACCACCUGUGUUCAAGACUGCUUUGUACCGUUUCCAAGUGAACGAAGCCGCCCAGAUCAACGAUCCGGUUGGAACUGUCCGCGCGGACCAAUCUUCAGGGAGUGGUGCUAUUUCGUACUCCAUUGAGGCAGGCGACCCUGAGGAUUACUUCCGCAUUGAUUCGAGCUCCGGUGACAUCAAGAUCAAACGGUCUCUGGACCACGAGAUACAUCCGUACGUCCUGCUCAGCAUCCAGGCUCAAAGCGGCAAUCCACCGUCCUAUGGCAAAGCACAGGUCAACGUCACUGUCCUUGAUGUGAAUGACAACAAACCUCAGUUUGCCAUCAGUAGAAUCGAAAUUCCCGUCAAGGAGAAUGUGAAAUCGACCGUGGCCAUUUACCAGGCGUACGCCAUCGAUAAGGAUAGUGGCGAUAAGGGCAAGGUGCGAUAUAAUUUGAAAGUCAACCCGGAUGGUGUGUUCAAAAUCGACGCAGUCACCGGCGAAGUUACCGUCCAAAAGCCCAUGGAUUACGAGACAAAGAAGAAGUACACGUUGGUAGUCCGCGCGCGUGAUCUCGGGUCACAGCCCCAGGAGGCGGACAUGACACUUGUCAUCAAUGUCCAGGAUGUUAACGAUAAUAAACCACUUUUCACGGAGCAGGACUACAGGGUGGUUCUGAAUGAAAACACACCAGUGAACACAAAGUUUAAACAGCUCAAUACCACAGAUCGCGACACAGGAAAUAACGCAAGGAUCAUUUACCGGCUUGCGGAAACGAAUCAGAAGUUUGGCAUCUUCCCCGAGAACGGGUUUCUCUACGUGAAGCAGGCUUUAGAUCGCGAGGAUCAGAAUCAGUACGUUUUGUCGGUUAUCGCGGUCGAUAAUGGUUCGCCACAACUCUCGGCGUACACAACCGUAACCAUCGAUCUCAUCGACGUGAAUGACAACACACCGGUCUUUGACAACAAGCGGUACGACUUCAGUGUGAACGAAAACAGCCCUCAAGGUGCCGAGGUCGGGACAGUCAUUGCCAAAGAUGCUGAUUCAGGACAAAACGCAGACAUACGCUACACGUUUGUAGGCUCAAGCCAAAAAUUCACCAUCGAUAGUAAAAGUGGCAAAAUCACAACAAAGAACGCCCUCGAUCGCGAAGCCCAGGAACUAUUCUCUGUGACUGUUGUCGCCCGGGAUCGAGGAGAUCCGAUUCUCAGCUCGUCGGUUGAUGUACGCAUCGUUGUUAACGAUGUCAAUGAUAACAGUCCAUCAUUCGUACGGAGUGGAAACUACGUUGUUGGAGUCUGGGAGAAUCGGCCGAAGGGAACGACGGUCAUACAAGUGACGGCCACGGAUGUGGACAAAGGAGCCAAUGGGAGAGUGUCCUACUAUCUUCGAGACUCCAGUUCCAUUCCCUUCGUCAUCGAUGAUCAAACCGGUUGGAUCACCACCCGCGAGGAACUCGAUCAUGAGAAGCGCUCUAAGUAUGUCCUGACAGUCGUGGCCAGAGAUAGCGGGAAUCCUCGGCGUGAGUCCACGAGGACUGUAGAAGUUAAUGUUCUUGACGACAAUGAUGACGGCCCAGCCUUCCCGUCACCCGAGAUGACAUUCCAAGUUGUGGAAAACGUCCCAGAAGGCACCAACGUUGGGAAAGUCAUAGCCCGAGAUGGGGACUCCGGUGAAAAUGGCCGUGUGACGUAUUAUAUUGUUGGCGGGAACAUCAUGGGGAUUUUCGGUAUCAAUAUGUCGGAUGGGCAGAUUUAUACGGUGCGGAAUCUGGAUUAUGAGGCACGCUCGUCCCAUUUGCUGUCGAUUAAGGCUAAAGACAACAGUCUUUUGAAUCCGAAGAGUAGCAUCAUGACAGUGCGAAUCGUUGUCCUGGACUUGAAUGAUAACGCACCGAUCUUCAGCGCUGAUUAUGUCACCAUAACGGUGCCAGAAAACUCACCUCCUGGACGCAGUAUCUGGACAUUCAGCGCAUCAGAUCGUGACUCUGGUAUCAAUGGGACUGUGCGUUAUCGUAUAAAGAGCAUGUCCCCUGACGGUGACUAUUUCACCAUUGAUGCUGUCAGUGGAGAACUGAAAACGAAAUCCAAACUUGACCAUGAACAGCUGAAAGAGAUGUCUAUCAUCAUCGAAGCGAGCGAUCAAGGCCCGCAGGCGACGCGUCAUGUGACGGCUAUCACGGUCCGCGUCCUCAUCCAGGAUUUGAACGACAACAAACCCGUGUUUCUCUCCAAGGACGUUGUUCACGUGAUGGAGGACGAACCUGUUGGAUUCCCGAUGUUACACGUGUUGGCAUCUGACAUCGACUCUGGCGAGAAUGGCCGUGUCACGUACAGCAUCGUCAAGGGCAACGAGGAUGGACAUUUUGCUCUUCAAGAAACAACAGGCCUCCUGACCAUCGCCAGAGCACUUGACCACGAAACCAAGCAACAAUUCCAGCUGAACAUCACGGCGUCCGACCACGGCCACCAACCGAACGUCGUCUGGCAGACACUGGUUGUGAAUCUUGAAGAUGUCAACGACAACCCGCCUCAUUUCCAGCAUUCCAUCUAUUAUGCCAACGUCUCGGAGAAUGCGAAUCCGAAUCGGUACAUCGUGACGAUUCAUGCCACAGAUAAUGAUACUGGCACCAAUGCGGAGCUUUUCUACCUCAUCCCCAGUGGGAUUGCUGAAAACAAGUUUGCAGUCAACAAUCAGACUGGUGUAGUCACGACCGCCAAGGUCCUUGACCGUGAGGAGCUCAGUUCGUACAUCAUAACAGCGUAUGUGCGAGAUGGAGCCUUCCCGGCAAAGUAUGACACAACGACUCUCAUGCUCAAUGUCCUGGAUAUGAACGACAACAAACCGGUCUUCCAAACCAGUUCGUACGUACUCCGCGUCCCAGAAGGCAAAGCAUUUGUCGGCAUUCAUACGGUAGCGGCCGUGGACAUGGACACUGGCAAGAACGGUCAAGUGAGAUACUCAAUAACUGCGGGCAACAACGACAACAAGUUCAUUCUCGACGCCGUCACCGGGGUGCUGUCCUGCUCUGCGCUGGAUCGUGAGACCGUUGCCUCCUAUAACCUGACCAUCACCGCUAAAGACAACAGUGAUAACCCCAUGUCAAGCACGUCGCAAAUCAUCGUCCAAGUUCUCGACCAAAAUGACAACAGUCCUCAAUUCAGCCAGACGAGUUAUACCAAAGUUUUACCAGAGAACGUUGCGCUUGGUGCACCGGUCUUGACGGUAUCAGCGUCCGAUCGUGACGAAGCAGAGAAUGCCAAAGUGACGUAUUCAUUGGGGAAUGAUACAGACGGCAUGUUCACCAUUGAUAGUGAGUCUGGUGUCAUCAAGACGACUGGUCUCUUUGACCGAGAGAAGAGAGACAGGUUCUCCUUUGUUGUCAUGGCGACUGACGGAGGCCUCUAUGGUCCCAGAAAUAGCACCGUCAGUGUUGAUGUGACGAUAUCUGAUGUCAAUGAUAACCCGCCCGUGUUCGAAAAGGUACCAUACACAGCCAAUAUUCUGCAGAGUCAGCCGGUGGGCAGGUCCAUACUACAGGUUAAGGCCACUGACCCAGACGUCGGCAGCAACGCAGUCAUCAUGUACAGCUUAUCCACGUCGACAUCGUACUUCAGCCUCGAUCCAUCCUCCGGCGUAAUCAAGACCACACGUGCCCUGGAUAACUCGGCAAUCAGUUUCCACACCCUGACGAUUGUUGCGCGGGACGGGGGCAACCCACAACUCUCCUCCCAAGGAAUGGUAGAGAUCCGUGUCGGGAGCCCCUCAGGACCAACCGUUCGUUUCGAGAACUCGGUUUAUAAUACGAGUAUUAACGAGGGAUCACCACAAUGGACGACGGUCAAAAAGGUGACGGCAAACUAUGUCAGUGGAUCUGGCGGGACGAUCAGUUACACCAUAGCCAGCGGUAAUGAGGACAAUGCCUUCAUGAUAACGACAAAUGGUUUGAUUGAAGUGCGCGACCCAAGGAAGCUUGAUUUUGAAACUCGGCCCUUGAUCCGUCUAACAGUCAUGGCGGAGGGUGGCGGUGUCUAUGGAUACGCGACGGUCUGGGUGCAGUUAAAGGAUCAGAAUGACAACGCGCCGAAGUUUACCCAGGAGCGCUAUGUUGGUGCUGUGAGGGAAGGGGGAAGUCGGGGGAUGUACGUCACACAAGUCUCGGCCAUGGACCCCGACCAGAACAGCAACGGAGAAAUCCACUAUUCAAUCAUCAUGGGCAACGAGGAUAAUGCUUUUACCCUUCAAUCGAAAUUCAGCGGGAUCGUCAAGACGAAUAUUGUCCUCGAUCGUGAGGUCCAUAAAACGUACAGGUUGGAGAUUGAGGCGGUGGACAUGGGAAGCCCACAGCUUUCCAGCACUUGUACGCUCAAGAUCACCGUCAUUGACCUGAACGACAACAGUCCCUUCUUCCCACUUCCUGCUGCUGUUAACAUACACGAAGGCAUGAGAGUUGGCACAGUGGUGACCACCAUCACUGCUAACGAUGUCGACGCUAACCCGACCAUCAUUUACAACUUUGCCUCCAAAGGGAACCCAGGCGCCAUGUUUAGCAUCGACAGAUUCAGCGGCCGUAUCACCUUGGCCAAGCCGCUUGACCAUGAGAAAGAAACACAGUAUCAGCUCCGGUUAGAAGCAUCGGAUCAGAAGCAUGUAGCGCAGACAGAGGUCGAUAUCAACGUCAUAGAUGAUAAUGAUAAUUCACCAAUCUUUGCAGAGGAGACGUACGAGGUUUUCCUAAAUGAGUUGACCAGGCCCGGCUAUGCUGUUCUGACUGUUAAUGCCACAGACAAGGACUCAGGCAAGAAUGCCGAGAUAGUCUAUGGAAUGGGGCUCCCAGUGGACGGAUACGUCAUCGACAAGACAACAGGGACUAUUUUCACCAACAAGACAGUGAAAUUCAACCCAGCGAUGCCAACCAUUCAGCUUGUUGUGACGGCCACUGACCGUGGCGUACCACCUAGGACCGCCAUUGUCGCCGUACGCAUUCAGAUCAUCGAUGUCAACGACCACGCACCAGUCUUCACCAAGUCGGUUUAUACUGUCCAUCUCAAGGAAGAUGUUGCCGAGGGUACCCCUGUGGUCACUGUCAUCGCAAACGACGGUGACAGCUCACGCAAUAACAAGAAGGUCGAUUACACGAUCCUGACGGGCAACCAGGAUAUGAAGUUCAAAAUGGUCAGCAACACCGGGGAAAUCUUCUUGACGGGCAAGCUGGACAGAGAAACCGUUUCGACGUAUAACUUCACGAUCCGCGGCAGGGAUCACGGCACGCCUUCCAUGGAGUCCACAACAAUUGUCAGGAUUAUUAUCGACGAUGUGAACGAUUGGGCACCCGAGUUUACGAAAUCAGAAUAUUACGUUGAUUUGAAUGAGAGCGUCACACUUAAAACAUCUGUCGUGCAGAUAUCGGCAUCUGAUCGAGAUAUUGGAGAGAAUGCUGUAAUCGAGUACGCCAUCACGUCCGGAAACGAUGAUCUGUCGUUUAAGAUUGAUCGUUUGACGGGUUGGAUUACUGUUGAGAAGCCUCUGGAUUAUGAGACGAAGACAGAACAUCGUCUUAUCGUACAAGCGAUGGAUUGUACCAUGUGUACCAAUGAGAAUCGUUUGGCUAAUUAUACAACAGUGGUAAUUAACAUCACAGAUAUUAACGACCAUAAACCAACAUUCCCAAUCAUGAUGUACCUGGAGUCUGUUCCAGAAAAUUCCGUAGUCGGAACGUCCGUCUUCACAGCACACGCCAAGGAUCAGGAUGGCAACAUCUUUGGAAAAUUGAAGUACGAAAUUUUGGAGGCGACUAAUUUAUUCAAAAUUAACAAAGACACAGGACUUGUUACGACCAAUGCUGUCUUUGAUUAUGAAACAAAAACAAACUAUCGCUUCAAGAUUCGUGCCUCUGACAUUGGAGGCAACGCUGCCACGAUAGCUGUUCUUGUCAAUGUGGAGAGUGUGGAUGAAUAUGUGCCCAGGUUUCUACAGACAACCUAUAGCUUCUCUGUACGUGGGAACGCCGUGGUGGGUGACGUCGUCGGCCAGGUUCAAGCCCAGGAUGACGACGGAGGUGAAGAUGGCCGACUCGUUUACUCCUUCAGCGAAAGUAACGAUUACUUCACGAUAAACAGUACGACGGGCGUGGUGUAUGUUAAAAGAUCUUUCAAUGAUGCAAGAAGGAGGAAGCGAUGGGUUAAUCGCUACACAGAUCAGGUGAUUCUAAGGCGGGCAAAACGGGCUUUAGAGGCCGAUUCAGUGCAGUUGAAGAUUCGUGCAAGUUCUGGCAAACCGGAUUCCAAGAGUGUCGAGGUUAAGGCAGAAGUUGCGGUCAACCGUACCUGUGCUGGCUGCGGUGUGGUGGCGCCAGUCACAUCCGGUCUCAAGGGUCCCGCGUUAGUUUUGGCGAUCGUCUUUGCAAUUGUUGGCGUGAUUCUUGUCGUCAUCACGGCUUUGUUAUGUUUUCGUGGCAGGAGAGCCAAGCGCCGUCCCCCGCCUCCGAGAUCUCACCAUGAUACUAGUUUUGAUCCCGUUCACGUUCAUGGCAUCCUAAUGUCACCUGACCAGCCACCGUUAGUGGCACGUGAGGAUAGUGGUCCACCUCAGUACAAUGACAUCCACCAUUACAGCAUUAGCAAUGCUAACUGUACAACCUCGGAGCUAUCCGACCAAUCGCACUCCGCGUCAAGUGGACGAGGUUCAGUCGAGGACAAUGAGGAUGACGAUGAGGAAAUCCGUAAAAUUAAUUCUGGUCCUCUGAAUCAAUCCCAGAACAUGCUUCGGAAAGGAAUGCCAGAUUCUGGUAUUCAGAAUGACGAUGACAAUAUCUCAGAACAUUCCGUCCGAAAUCAUAAGGAUUAUUUGGCAAAAUUAGGUAUCGAUGUGUCGAAGAUUAAAGCUGAUCCCAAACCUGCAGGGUUAACCCAUUCUGUGGAGAGCAUUCACCAGUUCAGUGAGGAGGGUGGAGGAGAAGGUGAUGGUUUGGACAUUGGAAAUAUCAUUUAUCAGAAACUCGGUGAAAUGGAUAGCUCAGACGAUCUGUCGUCGAUGAUGACGGGAUCAGCAGAGUUGAUUUUCGAUGAUAGUGCGGACCCUGCACACGCUGGUUCUCUCUCGAGUGUGAUCAAUUCAGAAGAGGAAUUCAGCGGUUCUUACAACUGGGAUUAUUUACUCGACUGGGGACCGCAGUAUCAGCCAUUAGCUGACGUAUUCACGGAGAUCGCUCGUCUAAAAGACGAGAACAUCCAACCUAAAAAACAACCAGUGACUCAAAUUGUGCCACUGCGGCCGUCGCAGGGGUCGAAUUCAGGACUUAAUAAAGUGAAGCUUUACCCGCCUCCGAUGAUCACUGAUAUGCCCCCUCUACCUGGCUUGUCAUCCUCAAUCCCUUCCAAACCCUCCUCCACUCAUUCUAGUCAAAGUAACUCCACAGUGUCACAACAAAACACUCUCCCUCAAAGGUCAAACAAGAACAGUGCUCCGCCCAAUCAUGCGGCACCGCCGAUUCCCUUUUCGCCGCGGUCACCGAUUACCCAUGAUUCAUCAUUCCAAUCGCACGCGUAUACGCCGUCCUUCACUCCAUCCCUUUCUCCGCUUGGCAUGCGGGCGCCCGCCAUUCCCGGCUACAAUAUGUCACAACGCGGUGCUCCCUCAAACAGUUCAGGACACUCCAGUACUCACAGCGCACCUAAUCGCACUCGAUCAAAUAAUUCAUUAUCACAUUUAUCCGGCUCGGAACAGGAAUUUCGUAUUUGAGCCUUGGAUGUCCAUAUCUACAUUGCGGAUUAAAACAUUUCGGUUGAAAGCGAUUGGAUUAUUGUGGAUAUGAUGAUUGGCGUGGUAUAUUUGAUGUGAAUAUUUAUAUUUUUAUAACUCGAUAAGUUUCAGAGACGUAUUGUGUUAGAAGAUGGAGAAUUUUCCAAUUCUUCAGCCACUUUUGGGCAUUUUUUAAAGAUGUUCACAAAAUUCCAUUGGCAGCCAUUAUGUGUACAUUUUGAGGUGUAUAUUUUGUGAGGUCGAAUUGAGUAAGAUAGGGACGUUCAUAAAGUGCAAAUGAAAGAAGUUCCCAUUGUUAAAUCAUGUUGAACCCUUAGUCCCAGUUUCCAUGAUUGAUCAGAAUUCUGGGGCAGAAAGUACUUCAGAGUGAAAGGUUGUUUUGUAAGGGAUUUCGCACUGGGUCUGUACAUAUCUCAAGAACUUGGAAGUUCAAGGAGGUAAUUGUUAAAUUUGCACUAAAUGAAGAACAAAUUUUAGACCUUAUUUGAGGGAAAGUGGUACAUUUAUAGUCCCUACAGUGUUAAAAUGAGCUGAUGGAACACAUCAGUGUACAUUGAGGCUAUAAUUGUACUGGGGCAAUGAUUGUACCACCUUACUUUACAUUUGCACUUUAUAAAUAUUCUUUUUUAUUAACAUAGGAGAGAAAACCAGGCGCAGUGAUCUAGAGCCUGGUAUUCGUGACUGAACAGUUCAAGUUCUGAAAGUGUGUCUUAUAACCUCUUCUACAAGGCUUAAAGCUGCUAUACAUCUAGUGUCAGAUCAUAAUUUCCUCCAGGAAAGAUUGUUUGCAGUGUCAAACACUGAAAGAAGUGGAACACUGCUAACAUUGAAUCAUUUGGUCAGGCUUUUCGAGACAUUAUUGCCCGAUAUUCCUGGAGGAGACGUGAAUAACGUGUUGUGCAUUCUACGAGUUGAUAUGUCUAGUUUAUGAAUAUCGUUACCAUAAGUUGUGGAUAUAUUUCAUGAAAGAGCUUCGUGCUACAACAUAUCUUUCAAAACUACUUAGGGCAACCUUUCCCCUCUUUCAAAUUCUAGCAACAAACAGUUACCGGUAUCUAGUGAACAGAAUGCAUGUGCACUUUCACAUUAUACAUUGGAACAGUUUAUUUACAUUAUGCUGAGGCACUUGGACAAAACCAGCGCUGAAUAAAGCAAAACAUAUCAUGACCAAAUCAGGUCCAUGCGGUCGACGAAGAUGUUGUAUUCUUUUGAGAACAUUUUCUUAUUUUCACAAUCUUCAGUAAAACUUUUUGUACUGGGCAGUUUUAUUAUUCAUAUUUGUCUGCUUGGGGUGAGUUUGUUAUGGCCAAACUAUUCGAUUGUGUGAGAUAUGUUUUUAUCAGAUAUUCAUUUUAACCAAAACCAUGUUUUAUCCAGGACGUUGACUAUCUCAUGCUAUAUCAUGUGUAAUGUGCAUAUCAAGUGCAUGUACUCUAGUUUCACAAAUAUAAGACUGCUUCAUAAAGUGCUCGGCUUGGUUCCCAUUGCUCCUGGGCUCCAUAUUUCACAGGGUUUGAUAUAAAAGUAGGCACACUGCGUCGACACAAUAAGUCAGUUGGGGGGUGGCCGCCUGGACAAAAGGCCUACUUUACAUUUUUUUCACUGGCUUAAUAGAAUCGACACAGUAUGUGUUUUGUAAAUCAACAUUGCAAGCUAUUUGUAACUUUGUAUAAAGAUGGCGCUGCAUAGCAGUGCAUUGAGACAUAUCUUUUGAAUCUACCGGUAGAUGAGAAGUCAUGAAGACUUAUUCUUAUGAGAUGAGUGUAUCAAUAUCCAGCCAGAAUAUCAGUGUCACGACAAGAGGAUCAGAUUUUUCUCUCUCUAUUGAGAGAUUUUUAAAGGUUUGAAAUUUUAUAUCUUUUAGACUCUUACAUUUCUUAUGUUACAUAGAUUUGGUAAAUUACAACUACUGAGGGAUCACACUACUUAAAAUCAAGUCUGUAUUUCUCAGGUUGCGCAAGAGACUGACUUACAGGUACUAUAAACUAUAAACCAUGAAAUUUCAUGGAAUGCAAAAUUUCGUUAAUUUUUCCAAUCAAACUUAUUUCUUUCUUGAAAUUUUGGAAAAUAUAAUGCCCACUUAAAUUUGGCAGUUUACACUACUUAUAUUUUGAUGCAUUCAAUUUGAUUCUCUUUUCGGGACACCCUGUGUAUGAAAUAUUUCAGAAUCUUUAUGCGUAUGAACUGUAUAGAUGCAAUGAGGUUUCUAUCAAGACUGCUGUACAUUUAUAUUGAAGUGAACUACACCAAAUUUGGGGUUUGCGUGUCUGAACCCAGGUUCAGAAUUUCAUUCAUGUUGGGAUGGGAUCUUUGAAGAUGGGGUCAUACGCUUGUUGCUGAUUGCAAUCUGGAGCUUCCUGUCAUUCACGGGUAGGAACCAAUGUAACACCAUUACUGUGUUUUGAAUUUUGAAGUCAAUUUCUGUAAAUUUCAACUUGAGAAAUGUUUGUCCCUGCUGACUGACGUUGCCUGGUGGCUAUGCUCAUACGAGGAGUCGACAGGGGUGCCCAUUCUCAACACUGUGGUAAGAUGAGGAACUUUAUAAGAUGGCAGCAGUAAUUAGUGGUCGAGUCCAUGUCCAUUUCAUCCACAAGGGUCUGUGUCUGGUUUGACUGAUAACUACUGCUGCCACCUUUUGGUUCCAUAUAAAGUCUCUCAUUGGCAGCGGAUGUUGAUGUGGAUUGAUCUCCUACCCUCUUCAGGGAGUCUGGAACCAACAAUGCAAUAAUCAUGUGCAGUUAAAGAUGAUGAAUGCGAUGUUUUUAUACGUGUAGGAUGAUAAAUAUUAAUAAUUUGUAAAUAUAUCUUUUGAUAUGGAAACUUUAGAGUAGAUCUCUCUUGAUUGCCAAAAGAAACGUACAGUGUAAAUAUCUUGAAGAAAAAAUGAAAA